AUGGCGAGCCUCUCCAACGGCGUCCUGGGCGCCCUGAACUUUAUCUCCCUCCUCGCCUCCGUGGCGCUCAUCGGCGCGGGGGCCUACGUCCUGGCGCAACCAGCCACCGAGUGCCAGCGCUUGGUGCGGGUGCCCGCCAUGGCGCUGGGCGCCGCGUUCCUCCUGCUGUCGGUCAUGGCGCUGGCCGGCGCGUGCUGCCGCGCCACGCCGCUCCUCUGGGCGUACGUCGUUGCCAUCUUCGUGAUCCUCAUCGGCAUGUUCGUGGCCACCGCCUUCGCGUUCGCCGUCACCAACAGGGGCGCCGCCGCAGCCGUGUCCGGGGCCGGGUAUGGGGAGUACCGGAUCGGGGACUACUCCGGCUGGCUGCAGGACAGGGUCGGGGACUACGAGACGUGGCACCGGAUCCAGAGCUGCAUCGCGGACGCGGGCGUGUGCGGCGGCGGCUGGGUCCACGCCGGGAUCAACGCCGGCGAGCUGUACCAGCGGUACCUGCCGCUCGUUCAGUCUGGGUGCUGCAAGCCGCCGGCGUACUGCGGGUUCCAGUCCGUCAACGCGACGUUCUGGGCAACCCCCGCGUCGGGCGCGGCCACGACGGCGGACGCCAUCGACUGCCGCGCGUGGAGCAACGACCAGCGGGUGCUGUGCUUCCAGUGCGACGCGUGCAAGGCCGGCGUGGUGGCCACCGCAAGGCUCCACUGGAGGGCCGUGGCCGCGCUCAACGUCGCCGUCCUCGUGCUCGUCAUGCUCGUCUACUCGCUCGGCUGCUGCGCCAUCCGCAACAACCACAACCGCCGGUACUACUACUGA